CGCCCGACCGUCUUGGAGGUGAGAAAGAGAGCGAGGGUCGAGCUUUGGAGUCUCUUCACACCACUCUCUCGUCAUAAUAAUAGCUUCGAACUCAUCUAAGCCGGAGCUAGGAGUAAGUGGUACAGGCUAAUCCAGCAGGAGAUUGGUCAACCAUGGUUGAAUCAAAGGAGGAUAGGAACAGUGCAUCCAAAGAGGCAGACUUGGAGGUUGCAGCCGCCCGGGAAGAGGCCAAUGACAGUAAAGUAGAUACGGAAGUGGAACAGGAGGGCCAGAAGGAUUGUUUGUUGAAGAUUUCCAUUGGCGUCCCCACUAAAGACACAGCAACAGACAUCAGUACCAGCACUGAUGAUCCCCCGGACGGUGAUAUCAAAGCUACUGAAGUAGAUGAGAAGUCUCAUCUUGUUGCGGAGGAGCAAGAUGAACUGGGAAAGGGCAAGCAAGCUGAGGCAUUCCCCAACGAAAGCACGGAAGGGGUUGUCAUGCAGAUUUCGGAUAUCGAACACGAUGGCUUGGUACCUCCUCUUACGCUGAGUCGCAGUACAGUCAUUCGCGGCACCAAUCUGGUUCCAGGAGCCUUUAGCGUGGCUGGGAUGGGUUCUAGUAGGUCUCCUGCUAGGAGAAACAGGGGUAUGUCUGCUAAUGCUGCUACCACGAGCAGUACUAGUGCUGGUGGGACUGUGGUAGGACACAGUCAACUCGAAAUUGAUCCCCUCCACGCCGAGUUGGUGCCAGAAGAAGCGGAAACCACUAGGGAUCCUUCCCAGUCUUCUGCAGUGGAACUUUCGCCCGUCAUUGAAGGUACAGCUGUCGAGGGCAAUCCAAAGUCCUCGAAACCAUUCCAUGUCUUGUCCACCAUGGGUAUCCUUUUGAUGGUUAUGAUUAUUCUAAUCAUGUCCUUGGGAUUGAGUGGCGUCUUUUCUUCUACUACAAGUGUUACCACCUCCAGUGAGCACCAGCAGCAAGAAGAGGAAGAGGACACCGAGAAUAGCAUUGGUUCCUCCUCCACCGUGCCACUGAUUGAUGAGGCCAAACGGUCCAAGUUGGAGGAGAUUCGAGAACGUGGGAUUCUUCGGGCUGGAUUUAUUCUCCCGGAGACCGACGGCUUGCAGGCCUCGCUGCUUCGAGCCAUUGCGAAAGGCAUUAUCGGACCAGAAGGCGAGAUUGAACUUGUAGACACACCGCUUCCAGACAUGUUCUCGAAGAUUAUCAAUGGCACUAUCGAUGUCAUCUUAUUUGGAGCAACCCAUACAAUGGACCGGGAUGUAUACAUGGAAUCCACCCAAGCUACGGUGUCGUUCUCCAUUCCGUACAACUACGAGGGACUUCGUAUUGGAGGUGUCCCAGAGUACGUCAAAUGUGUAGACCAGAACUUUAAGCACAUUGACGAGUGCGAAGAUUUGAAGGUUUGUGUCACAGCAGAAACAACCCACCGUGAAGUCAUUGCCAAAUACUUGCCGCAACGGCGCAUGGUGGAAUCAGAUUGGGAGGAUGGUGGAAUUUUUUCAGGUCUCAUCAACAGAGAAUGCAAUGUGAUUGCGGAUAUGGGUACAAAACUGGCCGUCAACAGAUAUUACUUGAGCAUGGGAAAUCACUAUGAAGGAGAGUUUGCCUUGAGUGAGAACUACUUAUCCAAUGACCCACAAGCUGUUGUGACCGCCAACAACGAACCCGAGUUGGUGGAUACCAUCAAUGCCAUUCUCUGGAGUCUCUUGGUAGCUGAAAGAGAGAAUAUCACCCAAGCCACUGCUGAAUCAUUCCCACAAACAACACUCUUUGGGGAGGACCACAAGGACAUGUUCCGGGAUGCCAUUGCAGUCCAUGGGAACUUUGGAGAGAUUUAUGAGUCAACCUGGGGGAAGGCUAUUCCCAGAAGCGCUCUCAAUCAAAUCAACAUGGGUGAUGCUAAUAUUACUACUGGCUUGUUGUACUCCCAUCCAUUUGGAGCCAUUGGCAGCAUCCGAGAUGAAAAUGCACCUUUGGGAGCUACGCUCACAGCUAUACUCCAACGAGGAAAGCUCCGUUGUGGCAUUCAUGUUGGCAGAUCAGCAUUUGCCACCAGAGUAGAGGAGGAAGCAGGUUAUUCUGGAAUGGAUGUGGACUUCUGCAAGGCGGUGUCUGCCAGUCUCUUUUCAGGUGACUUAGAUGCAGUGGAAUUUGUGGAGGUGGAAGAGGACAGUGAUGGCUACAUUCUUUUGUCAGCAGGUACCAUCGAUGUCCUGGCAGGUGCAACUUGGACCCUUCAGAAUGAUGUGAUGGAACCCAACACCCAACAAGGCUACACAUUCUCUCAACCAUACUUUUAUGGCUACAGUUCAGACCAUGACAAUUUUUGCUUGGCCACUCGGCAGGGUGAAGAUGAAGACUGGAGUCGGUUAGUGUAUUGGGUGGUAUCGGCCUCAAUAUUUGCCGAAGAAGAAGGCAUUGAUGCGGUGUCAUCCCAUCAAAUGCCAGAAGUCUUUGUGUAUGGGCCGGCUAUGAAACGAAUGUUUCGAGACGUUGUUCUCCAAUUUGGCAACUAUGCGGAUAUGUAUCGAAGGAAUCUGGAGGCUCUCUACCCCCGGAGCGGAAGGAAUCAAGUGAAUGGAUUCCCUAACACGGGUCCUCAGCAUUAUCCUGUGCCGGGGUUCAUGUGAAACAACAACAACCACCCGGGGUGAGGAACGGGAUUAGUCAAUGCAACCAUGCUGUCGGGCCAACUUAUUCUGUAUGAGUGGCAUUUCGAUCUAAUUAUAGUAUGUUUUAGAUGUUG